UCCUUGGCAUCGGUCGAUGAUGCUAUAGGCGAGUUGGUUUAAAGCGAUGCCCGCUUUAUCAGCGGGCCAGAAUGACCAUGCGUUGCUACCUAUUCACGUCGAGCUGCGCUCUCGCAGCUGUAGCCUUUGUUGCCUUCUUCAGCCACGCUGUUUUGGUGGCUGGCGGUGAUCCAUCGAACAAGGCGAUAGAGGUGGACGUGUACUAUGAAUCAUUAUGUCCCGACAGCAUGCGAUGGAUCAAAGAUAAACUGGCUCCGUCGUACGAUGCGUUGAAAGAUUACAUUCACGUUAAUUACAUUCCGUACGGGAAAGCGUCGCAAAAGGUGAAUCAGGAAAACGGUCAGUGGCAGUUCGUGUGUCAACACGGGCCCAACGAAUGCGAAGGAAACAUGGCCCAGGCCUGCGCAAUCCACGCCAUUCAGAACGAGGAAACGGCAGACAGAGUUCAACAGCUCACCGAGGCGCUCGUUGUUUGCGCAAUGGCCUCGAGCUUUCCGGCCACGGCCGUUCCGCAGUGCGCUGAAACAGUGAAACUUAAUCAGCAAUCGCAGGAUAGUAUUAGGGAUUGCAUGUCGGGCCCGCUGGCCCAGGAGCUGCUCGCUGCCAAUGGCAAGAAAACGGCGGCCCUGACGCCCCCUCUCUCCUUUGUCCCGACGAUAACUCUCAACGGAGUGUACAGUCAGGAGAAUCAAAGGAAAGCGCUUAACAACUUCUUCAAGCUGAUUUGCGACAAUCUGGGAGAGACGAAGCCGUCGCAGUGCAACGGCGCUUGAGACUAAAUUGUUGCUCGACCCAUUUCACCGCUGAAUACUCUCUAUAGCGGAUCACUGUGUUUUGUACGAAGUCUAACGCAGUCUUCCAGGGUUAUAAUCCGAUCAAAAUGUCGCUGCGAUCCGGCUAUCGAUACUCUGCAUAGUGUCAUGGCCGAUUCCGUGGACCAAGUACGAUCGACUUAUAGGUUAUCUCAUAUUUUUAUGCAACACCUGUAUAAUUAGUAGACUCACUUCUCUCUGUAUUAGAAGUGUGGCUACAUUGAAAUUUGGGAAUAAAUUUGACCAGGAAAACUGAAGAUAAUCAAGA